AUGGCUCCAGAAAGACAAUUAAUACUCUCAUUCUGUAUUUUGAUUUUCCUCUUCUGUAUUACUAUCGCUUCAUGCUAUGGUACUUUGCUAGAGAACAAAGCAAACACUAAGCGGUUCUCUCCUAAGAGGCUCGCCCUUCACAGUUUGGGUAGCACAACGCAAUCCAAUCCACAGAUCCGCCAAUUCGCGCACGGUCCUAGGUUUCACUUUCACAGAGUGAGUGGCUCAGGACAGUCGACACCAGCUCCGAUUAGCGUUGAAAGGUUUGGAGCUAAAGGGAUUGAUCAUACAGAUGACACGGAGGCAUUUGAGAAGGCGUGGGCGGAAGCCUGUUCCUCCAAUGGAACGGUGGUUCUUCUGGUGCCGCAUCACAAGAGGUAUUUCGUUAAGCCACUUACAUUCUCGGGCGCGAAAUGCAAAUCCCGUCAUCUUACAAUGCAGAUCCAUGGAACGAUAUUGGCAUUUGAGGAUCUGGAAACCUACCGAUUUCCAAAUAAUAGUAAGGUGCAGAACUGGCUUACCUUUGAGAGCGUUGAGAGCUUGGUGGUUGAAGGUCCAGGAACCAUCAACGGCAACGGAGACAAAUGGUGGCAAAGUUCAUGCAAACAAAACAAUAUAACUCAGACGCGGCCAAAUUGCAGUAACGACGCACCAACCGCUUUAACCUUCAAGAAGUGCAAUAACUUGACGGUGAGUAAUCUGAAUCUCGAAAAGGCACAGCAAAUGCAUGUUUCGUUCGAAAAUUGCACGAACGUUAAAGCUUCAGGUCUUUCAAUAAAUACACCAGAGGCUAGUCCCAACACUGAUGGAAUUCACGUUACGAAAACCAACAACAUCCACAUUUCUGACUGUCGUAUAAGCACAGGUGAUGAUUGUAUAUCCAUUACAGGAGGUUCCCGGGAUGUUCGAGCCACAAGCAUAACUUGCGGACCAGGCCAUGGAAUCAGCAUUGGUAGCUUGGGAAAAGGCGGCUCAGAAGACCAUGUUUCCGACGUAACAGUUGAUGGAGCUAAGCUUUCUGGAACCAUGUAUGGAGUGAGGAUCAAGACGUGGCCGGGAGGAUCAGGGUUUGCAAACAGAAUCAUAUUUCAGAACAUACAAAUGAAUAAUGUGACCAACCCCAUUAUUAUCGACCAAAACUACUGCGACACCAAAAUCAAAGUCACAAACGGAGAAUGCGAACCGCCACCACUGCAGAAAAAUACAGCAGUUAAGGUGCGUAAUGUUAUAUACCGGAACAUAACGGGGACAGUUUCCAAAGGCAGCGAAGCCAUCGUAUUCAAUUGCAGCAGCAUUGCUGAUGCAUGUGAGAAUAUUGAUCUGAAUGAUAUUAGACUCGAGAAAGGAGGAGCUGCUGUGUGCAGCAACGUCAAACCGACUUACAGCGGAGUUGAUUUGCCUCUCAAUCGAUGCCUUAACUAA